AUGGCCAUCAGUCGGGACGCGACGGUCACGAGUGCUGUCCAACGAAUCGGCUUUCGUCUGGUCUCCCAUAAGAGCGACUGUUUCUCCGUUCACUCCCUGUUGUGUCGGAAGAUAAUCAGCGAACCAUCAAUUGGGAGACAGAUAUUCAUCGGCUUUACCAACAAUUACCGGACUUGGUUGCAGAGUUUUCAGCGAGAGUUGAGUGGCAUCGGCGACAAACCCGUGGACCAGAAUAUAUGGUUAGUGGCCAACGGGUCGGCUGAGGGUCUGUUGGGUUUCGUGAAAUGCAUACGAAAGGAGCCGAACGGACAUCGGGUCCGAGCGCUGCAGAUAAUGGACACGAGUGGUGGCGACGAGCGCCAGAAGCCGAGGGCCGCCCUAUUGGACAAAACAAACGCCGUGUUUAACGAUAUCAUCAAAAAUGAUUUGGCCAUUAAUGUGGUCAGCGGUGGCCAAACGGGUCAUUACGUGCUCAAUGAGCUGCCGGCGCGGCGCCAGACUGUGGACAGCGAACACUGUUUUCUAAAUCUCCGCAAUCGGGGCGACUUGUCUUCAUUCGAGUGGUUCCAGAGUCAGCACAAGCAGUGGCCGCUCAACCGGAGGGUCGGCGAGAAGUUGGUUCACAUCUACUAUUCGGCCCUAAAUUUCAAAGACAUAAUGUUAGCCACGGGCCGACUUCAGUCGGAAUCGCCGACUGGAGAGACUGAAUGUCUGAUUGGCUUCGAGUUCGCGGGAAGGGAUGAGAACAUGAAUCGCGUGAUGGGAAUGGUUUCGUCCAAAGCGUUGGCCACCACUUGUCUCGUCAAAGACGCGGACUUUUUGUGGCCGAUUCCCGACCGCUGGUCGAUGGAAGAGGCGGCUACUGUUCCCUGUGUUUACGCCACCGCUUACUACGCGUUGAUAAUUAGGGGUCGGCUAAGACGUGAAGAGACAGUACUGAUCCACUCGGGCAGCGGUGGUGUGGGUCAGGCGGCCAUCAGAAUAUGCCUGAGUCUGGGCUGUCGUCUGUUGAUAACUGUCGGCUCUGACGCCAAACGUCUGUUCCUUCAGAAGCUGUUCCCAGCGCUCGACGACAGGUGUUUCAGCACAUCCCGAGACGCCACCGCUUUUCGGCGUCACGUUAUGACCGAAACGGACGGCUCGGGCGUCGAUGUGGUGCUCAACUCACUGUCCGAAGAGAAACUGUUCGCCAGUUUGGACUGUUUGGCGGCGAACGGACGCUUCCUCGAGAUCGGCAAAUAUGAUUUCGCCAAAGACACCAUUUUAAGUACGGAUUAUCAUCACAUUUAUCGU